AUGACGCCAGCUCACCUCAAAGGCAUCGACAGCGCCCUCUACCAGCUGCUUUCUCAGCAUUUCGACUGCGACAUCCGUCUAUUGUGCGCGUACCAGUGGUUCGACGACGACCCCAAAAUCAACCUCGUCGAUGAGAAAUAUGCAGAGGAGAUGAAAAAGAUUGCAGCAUUUUACGAAACGGAACCAGGCCGCAAGUGGCUCGGCUGGCGGGAUAAGCCGAAGGAGGAGAGGGCAAAGGACCGAGAAGAGAAGAAGCGCAUGGAGAGCGAGCUGGCUGAGAACUUGCCGGCUAUCUCCCGUGACGUCACGGGAGGGGGAGGUGAUGAACUCGAGGCACUGGGGCGUUUGCUGCUUGACCCUCGCUCAGUGGAGAAGUGGGACACAGCGAUAUCGGAGUGUUCGUUUGACGACGUCUACACGCCGCUGAAUCUCAUGAACUGCCUGAACGAGAGCCGUGACGAAAGCCAUGUGUUUCAGCUACGCCCUGCAGGGGAAUGCAGGAUUCCUGGCACUCGUUCGGCACUCGGCUACAACCUAGUAACCAGACGGCCAAUCACCAAAUACGCAGGGAACGAGGGCAUUGCUAAUUUUGAGUUCCAGUACAUCACAGUGGCACUUGUUGCCAAGGGAGUCGUUGACGCUGGCAUGCAAGAGGCGAAGAGGCGUAGGCGGGAUUGAUUGGAGGGGGGGUGCAGGGGAGUGACAGAUGCAGAUUGGAACGUGACUUGAUGUCAUCGGUCGUGCGUGAAUGGCACCAGCUGCGAACGC